AAUUAAAUAAUAGAUGGCGCAUCAAUCGUGUGUAUAUGACGAAAAUGUCCGCCGUGUUUCGGUUUCGGGGGGCAGAACACUAUCAACUGGUAUCGCGUUAACGCCGUCGCAGCCGUCCGCUUUUUGGUGCGACCAUGUGCGCGAAAACAUGUCCAACAAUCGACUGUUAGGCACCGUUUGCAUCAAACCGCAGUGUGUGCCCCUUUUAAAUGAGAACCUAAACCUUGUCAAAGUACUGUUCUCGGCCCAGCUGACCGAAGGGGGUCGCACCACCGAUGAUGGUCUCACCUGUUUUGACGUCUCCGCACCGAUAGCCGAAGACAGAGUUACAUCGGAUUUUAUAUUACGCGUACAGAAAUAUGUAGACGAUAUAUGUAAAGAGGGUUGCGCCGGUGCCGUAGCUGGUGAAGAUUCUAGUUACGAUUCGGAUUGCGACGCGGAACCGUCCUGUUUCAGUCAUCAGGAUGUCUCCAGGACGACCAGCGACACCCUCGCCGCCGAAUACGCCGAGUACGUCCAAACGAGCCCCGAUUUAUCCAGAAGUUACACAGCCAGGGUAGAGUUCGCGUUAAAAUUGGGCUACACCGAACGUUUAGUUCAAUCGGCCCUUCAAAAAUUGGGCCCAUCUCCCGCCCAAAACGAAUUAUUAGCGGAAUUAAUUAAAUUGGGGGCUCAAAGAGGGAGUUCUUGCGAUAGUAGUCCUAUUGAGGAUAACCCCGAGGAUCUUCAAGUUUUAGAACAACAACAACAAAUUUCCGCGCAAUCGUUACGACCAAUUGUUAUUGAUGGUAGUAAUGUAGCGAUGAGUCAUGGUAAUAAGGAAAUAUUUUCUUGUCGCGGGAUAAAGAUUUGCGUCGAUUGGUUUAAAGCGCGGGGACACAUGGAUGUAACGGUGUUCGUGCCGAAAUGGAGAAAAGAAGCCCCUCGGCCGGAUAAUCAAAUUCGGGACCAAGAAAUCUUGGCCGAUUUGGAACGCGAAAGACUUUUGGUCUUUACACCAUCGCGAUUUGUAGGCGGGAAAAGGAUGGUUUGUUACGAUGAUAGGUAUAUAUUAAAAUUAGCGGCGGAAGUCGAUGGAAUAGUUGUAAGUAACGAUAACUAUCGGGAUUUAUGUCAAGAAAGUGCCGAAUACCGUAAAGUCGUUGAAGAACGAAUUUUGAUGUAUUCGUUUGUAAAUGAUCGUUUUAUGCCUCCGGAUGAUCCUUUAGGACGAUCUGGACCUACCCUCGAUAAUUUUUUACGAACACAACCGAAAAAAGCCGAUCCCCCUCCACCUUGCCCAUACGGAAAAAAAUGCACCUACGGUAAUAAAUGUAAAUAUCAUCACCCCGAAAGAGGUCCAUUUCCGCAUAAAAGCGUCACCGAACGUUUAUCGGAACACGCUCAAAGACAUUUAUUAGCACGCGAAGGUGAAAUAAGAAAAACCCCGGUUACAAGAACCCGAUCGAAUGUCCCACCGGUUAAAGAACAACCACAACAUGUAAUCGUUUCAAAAAGUUUAAGCGUUGAUAAUGUUGGGUCGCCAUCCUAUCAAGUAGUGCAAGCGGAAAAUUUACAUCGAAAAUUACAAAGGCAAUUAACACUAAAUCCAUCAACGGAUCCCCGAUUAUCACGACGUUACACCCCCACUCCCAUCGGUACGAUACAAAUUCAAUCGGCGUAUUUAACACCGCCGUCUUCUUGGGAUGUUCAUCCUCAUGUUACAAGAAUUGCUUCUGCGCCGGAUUCUUAUCGGCAAUGGCCCCCACAACCGCAUCUUCAUCAACAAGGACACAUGCAUAGGGUGUCGAGUUGUUCUGAUCCGCAAUUAAAUAUGUGGCCGGGGCCGCAAUGGGGUUCGCAAGGCGCUCAAAGUCAAAAUCUUCAAGAUGAAGCUCGAAGGAAGUUACAUUAUCAUUUGGCCGCGAUUUUUCCUGAGGAACAAGUUGCGAAAGCUAUGCAAAUGUAUCCGGAUGAAACUAAUCCGCAAAAAAUUUGCGCUGCCAUCCUUGGGAUGUUCCCAAAAUAAUUAUAACUCAAAAAAAAAAAUAAAUAAAUAAGAUGUUUAUAAAAAAAAUGUUAUAUUUGUCGACAAAUAUUUAAAAAGAUGGAUAAAAACAAUUUUAUUUUAAAAAUUCAAAAGUAUCUAACUUGGUUAGCAUUUACAGGGUGAUUAUCUGAUAAUUUUCGGAACAUCCUGUAUAUAAUUGUAUAUGUAUACGGGUAGAUUUUUGUUGGUUUUUCGUUUAAUAUAAAAUUUAUUUCACUUACUUAUGCGAAAAGAAGUAAACAAGAAGUUAACCACCUUGUAUUAAUCGAAAAACCAACUUCAUCGAACGUAUUUCUUUAUAUGUAUGUCUAUAUACGUUGAUACUAUGUAUCUCUAGUAAAAAUUGUUGCAAUUUUUGUAUUAUAAAGUAGCGUGUUUUAUUAAUAAUAACAACAAAAAAAAUGUUAAAAAAAUAAUAAGGAACCGACCGUCUCUAUCGUUUUUUCAUACACUUUUACCCCCUAAAUGUCUCUACUAAGAAUAAGGUUUUAUUUCAUGGUUUCUUAUUUUGUAUAUUCUAGCAUUAAGUGUUUUCCAUCUAUUAGUGUAGUCAAAUAUUAAUUAGAUCGGCUAUAAUGUAUUAAAAACGCUACUUUUCGUUCAAUUUAUAUUUAUGGAGCUUUGUAGAUAGGAGUGUUCUAAUUUUUUUUUAUUUUAUAACUUCUAUACUGUUAUUUAUUUGCAUUUGUAAUUAAAAAACUAAUAAAAUUCGUUUUAUAAGGA